AAGUCACAACAUUCACAAAAACAACAUGCGACAAUAACUCGUGGAAAUCAUUCCUAUUUAAACCGGUAAAUUCGUAAACUAAAAUUUAAACCGGUAAAUUCGUAAAUUAAAAUUUUUUGCUACACAAAUAAUUUUUUUCGACUUUUCAAAAGGCAUCACAUGAAUUAUUCCUCACCUCAUCAUAUUUCAAAAUCAUUUAAAAGAAAGAAAAAAAUGAAAUUUGAUAGAUUUUGGUGAAAAUAAUUUAAAAAUUGGGUUAAUGAGUAUUUUUGGUUUUUCGGCGAUAGAUUAUUAAUAGCAUGAACAAGAAUGAGAUUCAUCAGAGAUUAAUAACUGAUACUUUCCGUAGAAUUAACAUUUACUGAGGUGGAACGAAUAAAUUUGAAUAAUUAUAUAUUUCCGUUGGAAUUAAUCAAUGGAAAAAUUGGAGGAUUAGAUUUUGAAUAUGGAAAAUAGAAUUAGUUACUCAAAGUGAGUAAAAUGUGAUGAUAGUGGAGAAUAAAUAGUGAGGAUGUGGUAAUUUGGUAAUAAUAGUAAUGAUGCGAAAGAAAAUGAAUUUGAAUUUUGAAAUAUUUUCCGUUGACGUUAAUCAAUGAAAAAAUUGGAUAAUUAAAUGUGGAAUAUGGAAAAUGGAAUUUGUUACUCAACGCGGUACGGAAUAUUGUGAUAGUGAAGAAUAAAUAGUGAGAAUGCGAUAACUGGGGGGAUAGAGGUAGUAACCGGGAGAGGUCAAAGGAGGGAAUGCGAAAGAGAGUAGGAGGAUUCACUGGCCAUUUCUUUGGCUGAGUCUAAAGUCAGGGGAUUCUUUUUCUAUCGGCCAUUUCAAUCGGCUCCUCCGACUCCUUAAAGACGCCGCAAAAUCACAAGUUCAACAUUUUUCCAGUGCUCAUUCAAUUUCAAUACAUAAGUCUGUGAAAUUUAAACGAUAUGGAGAUUCACGUCGUUCUCAUUGGAUUUCUAUUAUCGCAUGCCAAUCUGGUACUUGCCGAUUUCACAUACGAAGGACUUCAUGGUCCACAACAUUGGGGGAAGGAUUACGACGAAUGUGUGGGGAAACAUCAGUCGCCAAUUAACAUCGAGGAACACAUUGUUAAGAAUAUUAGUUUACCAAAGCUAGAACUCCUAGAGCUCGAUUCACAGCGAGACUUUUAUAUUGAGAAUAACGGACAUACGGUGAUGUUAAAGAUUAACAGUACUAAACGUCCAUCAAUAAUUGGUGGCCCUCUGGGUUCCCACGAGUACGUAUUUGAGCAGCUUCACUUCCACUGGGGAGCAAAUGAUCACGAAGGAUCAGAAGAUCUGAUCAAUAAUCACUCGUUCGCUAUGGAACUGCACGUCGUCUUCUACAAGAAAACGUAUAAAUCCCUUCAAGAAGCCAUUCAUCAUUCAGACGGCUUAACAGUACUGGCAUAUUUCUUCGAGGCAAGUGACGAUGACAAUCAUAAUUAUGCAUCGAUCAUUGAUUCAUUACCCGACAUUGAAGCUGUGGGUUCCUCUACAAGUCUCCGUAAUCAACACGUCAUGGAGGAAAUGCUCCUUCCAAAUCCAUCAGUUCUCCAGGAUUAUUUCACGUACAAUGGUUCCCUCACAACUCCUCCCUGCUCAGAAGUCGUGACCUGGAUCGACUUCAAAGAACCUUUACGACUCUCCCAUAAUCAGAUCGCUGCGUUCAGAAAUGUUCACAGUCCGGAUGGAAAGCUCUUGCACAAUUUCCGACCGAUCCAGCCCCUGGAGGACAGAGUGGUCUAUCAUAAUAUUCCUCUCCCAGAGGACAAUUCUCAUAAUGCCGAUGGCUCUGGCCAAUCUAGGUUACAUCCCUCUUUUCCAUUUGCACUAGGAGCUGUGCUCUUCACAACACACCACGGAAUGUGCGCCUAUUGCAUCAAUUUUUUAAGUGUAUUCAGAUAAUAAUUAGUUCAAUCCACUAGUGAGCAUAUCAAAUUAGAUAACUCGAAAACAGUCAGGGAGAUUAGUUUGGAAAUAUCAGUGCAUCCAGACAUUAAUUUUCUAUGCAAUUCAUUCUUCCAAGAAAUUUGCUGCCUAAAUUAAAAAAUACGAAUCCUUUCAUCUAAUUGAAAAUCGUUAAUAAAUGCAAAUUAGAAGGUGAAGAAUCUCUAUACGGAAAAUUAGAAUAAUAAUUUAGAUAGAAAAAUGAAAAUUUAUUAUUUUUUUUCUAUGUAACUAAUUCUGGUGCACAUCCCAAGAGGGGAAGAAAAGUUUUUCAAAUGAUUUCUCUUUAUCGUGUCGUUAGUGAAUCGAUGAAUUUAUGAAUGUGUAAACAUGAUACAAGUGCCAGAUAUUUCUUGAGUACUUAACAUUAUCCUGAAUAGAAACAAAAUAGUCAUAAGUUUGAGAGGCACGAAUGUGCCAUGGAGUCUAUAGAAACGAAUAUUUUGUUGUGGGGAUAAUGAACUGCUGGCUAGUUCGUAAUUUAACAAUCAUCCAACGUCAUGUACUGUUAUACUGUAUAAAAAUCCAUAGAAUUUAUCAAUGAAAACUGACUCAUUCGUUGAAAGAAUACAAUUUUAAGAAUUAGAAUUA